AGAGAUGUGGAAUGAAGGAACUCAGAAGGUAGUUCCCUGUUGAAGCAAUACAAGGUCGGUGGAGAAGCUCCUCUGAGUCAAAUCCAAAACUUUUUAGACACCUAGAAUACUUUUUUUCCCUCCAGCUAAUCUUCAGACUUUUUUUAUUCUGACGAGGAGCAUCAAGCGUGACGGCCACUUCACAGCAGGGCUUGGUCAUUCACUCACAAGCUAUCUGCGGAGCGACGGACAACUUGCGCGCAUUAAUAUACUUGAGAGAGAGAGAGAGAGAAUACAACCAGGUUGUGUGAGAGGACGCAGGACAUCCAGGUGAGGGAGGGCAGUGUUGGCUCUGUGCAACAACAAGGACAGCGACGUCAUCAUGUGGACGAGCGCCCAGGUACCUGAGGAAAGCAAUAGGCCAUUGAAUCCAAGGCAGGCAGUGGCUCCGCGGCCCGGCCGCCACAGAAAGCCCAUGACGGCUCCAAAGACUCAGAAAGAGAAGGCGUCGAAGAGGAAGAAGGUGUUGCUGACUAUCCUGACGGUUGUGGUCUUACUGGGCAUACUGGUCACGGCUGCAUACUUCAUCAAGCAGUUGAUUGACAGCAAAUAUUUUUUCUGCAAGAGUUCGGUGAAGUUCAUUCCAUUGGACAAAGCCUGCGACGGGACCAAUGACUGCAAUGGAGGAGAGGAUGAAAUUACAUGUGUGUCGAGCUUCACGGUCAACACCACCUUUCCAGUGCGUCUCAUGACAAGCCGGCAGGUCCUGCAGGUGUACAGUCGGGGCCAAGGUUGGCGAAGCGUGUGCAGCGACAACUGGAGCGAGCAGAACACGAAGACGGCGUGCAAACAACUGGGCUACACGUGGAAACCCAGCAGCACCAGCGUCCCGGUGAACACCUUGACGUCUUCCCUGAAAAACGGACGGUUCACGGCCGUCAAGCCCAGGACGACCAACACGCCCAUCCAUCAGGCGACCAUAGACCAGGUAUGCAAAUCUGGAUCUGUGGUAACUUUGUCAUGUUCAGACUGUGGACAGGUGGGCACUCCGGGCCGGAUAGUCGGGGGUACGGAUGCCUUCAUCGAGGACUGGCCCUGGCAGGUCAGCCUGCAACAGGGGGGCCAUCACACGUGCGGAGGCUCACUGGUGUCACCGCGCUGGGUCGUCACCGCCGCCCACUGCUUUACUGGGAGUAAAAAAGAGCUGAGUCGCUGGAGAGUGCUGUCAGGCCGGACGCACAUCGGCACACUCGGCGGUUCCUAUGUGGACCGGAUCAUAUUGAACGGAGACUACGACCCGGCACGAAACGACUACGACAUCGCACUGAUGAGACUCAGCAGCCCCAUCACAGUGGGAGAGGUCCGCAAGCCAGUGUGUCUCCCUCCGAAAGCCUUUGGCCUUCCGGCCUCAGCCUCCAUGGCUGUGACUGGCUGGGGAUACCUGGAGGAAGAUGGCAACGUCUCUCCUUCACUGCAGAAGGCCUUCAUCCCUCUGAUAGACCAGGCCAAGUGUUCCAGCCCCGCCGUGUACGGUCGUGCCGUAACCCAAAGGAUGAUGUGUGCUGGUUUAAUGGAGGGGGGGGUGGAUGCCUGCCAGGUUGACAGUGGCGGUCCUUUGGUGUACCUCACCGCCUCUCGAUGGCAUCUGGUCGGAGUGGUGAGCUGGGGCGUCGGCUGCGCCCGGAAGGGACGGCCCGGCGUUUACUGCAACGUGGAGGAGAUGUUGAACUGGAUUCACACGGUCGUUGAGAAAACCCCCUGAGGGUCCUCCGUGGUGAAGAGCAGCCUCCGCAAGACCUCGGACAGCCUGUGGAAUGAAAAUCUAGUUUUUUUUAAUUCAAUGUGGCUGACGGUAGAGAGAAGGGAAGUUUAACUGUUGAUCACAGCCAUAUGCAAGAACACACACACACACACACACACACACACAGACAGACAGACAGACAGACAGACAGACACAUUUCAUACACAACUUAUUACAGGUGUUUGGGCCCUUUCAGGUUCUUAUCUCAGGGGAUGACUAUAUUUAUGUUCGGUUAUGUGUCACUUUUACAAUGUUGUAAUCUGACAGACCCAAUUCAAUGAAUAAUGCAUUUUAAAAAAAAGAAAAUCGUGAUUGGUUUUAAAUCGAUAACACAACCUGUUUAGGGUUGGAAGGUGUUGGACCUUCAUUACGUGCUGUGAUUCCAGGUGUGCGAUGUGUAUUUAGCGUUCAUACUGUGAGCUGUGCUAAUAUCAGCUUGAGGGUAACUUCAGGUUAAUAUGACCAAUAUGAAUAAUUCAAAGUCCAGAAGCCUUCGUUGUUGCUCACGGUUCAGUUGAUCUGAGGUGUGUCUCGAUUACAGGUGAAAAUGCACCUUUUUCAACAGAUGUGCUCACUUCCUUCGACAAAUAAAUAAGCACUUUAAGUGGAAAGUGAAAAUUACUUGACCUUGCCGUAUGUACAUAUGAUUCAAGUUGCUGGUCAGAUAAAAGUUGCUAAAAUGUAAAAUUGAGGAACAAUGAUUAUAGUAUGUUUUUAUUAAAAAUGUGUGCACUAAGCCAACACCCUGUCAUUAUUUCUUUUAUUAUUUGAAUCAUUCCAUAUGCAGAAAAAUGUCAAGAAUACAUCUACCUGUAUUUCUGGUUUAUUUAUAUAUAUAUAUAAAAAAUCAAUCAUUCUCUUGUCUAUGGAGCUCUACACUAAAUGUGUGUAAAUUGACACCUUUUAAGUUUACAUGAGGAUAUAUAUUAAUACAGUAUAUAAAUAUAUUUAUAUAUAAAUACAAUUUCUUUCAAGAUUUGGAGCUUGCCAUGGUGGCUGUUAAUAUGACUGUAAAUGGUACAUUGUCUUCAUUUUAUAUACCUGUAAAUAAGUUGUAAAUAUAAUAAAGACAUUAUUGUGCAUCUUG